AUGACAACACCACACAGAACCAAUUCUGACUCUAGUAGCUACCUGAAGGAUGGCAAGCGAUAUGGAAUGAUCGGCAUCGGACAUGGGCCCUCCCCCUUAGCUCAAUCCUUCGCGCCACCCCCAACACAGCAGCGUGAAGGCGGUAAAGUAGCGAAGAAAGGUGGAAUAAUGGGCCUUCUAGCAGGUGGCGCCGCUAGCACCGCAAAAUCCGCUAUGAAGAGUCAGCAGCUCCAUGUCCGGCAGCAGCAACGUCCUGGCGGUUACCCGCAAAGACCUCCGCCUACGCAAAGUUAUCGAAUGGGCGGGGAGAUUGGGCCUGGUGGUGCCGCGGUCUUGGCCGGAGGCGCGGGUGUCGCAGCCGGUGCGGGCGGGAUGUAUCUCUACGACCAGCAGGGGGUCCAAGGGCAACAACAGGGGGGCUAUUAUGAUACGGAUGGUCUGUGGGUCGUUUACGAUACUAUAGAUACCGCGAGUGGGUAUAACACUGAGAUGGGAGAGUAUGGCACUUACGACGCGAACACCGACGCUACCGUCGACUACACCUUCAAGACAACCCAAUGCAACAGCGACGGCAGCACAGACUACAUCGUCACAGACGAACAAUACAACUCCGAUGGCUCCGUCGACUACGCCACCGCUACCACUGAGUAUGAUGCGGAUGCCGACGCGACGUAUGCGCAGGCGUCGCAUGAGGAAACUGACUACGACGGAAUAGGGUGUGAUGGGGUGGACGCAGGGUAUGAGGAGACAGCACACGAGGAGACUAAUUACGCAGUCGCUGAAGAUGGCGAGGGGUACGCAGAGGAGUAUGUAGCGGAAGAGUCUUAUGCGGUAGCAGACUACCGUUACGACGACGGGGAUGACGGUUGUGGGGGCGACUGGUGA